AUGUCCAGUAGGGUUGAGGCCAUAAGGCCUACACAGAAGUCAACGUGUUGCUGGCAGAAUUCCAAAGUAGAAGGCGGCAGCGAGCAGAUUCUCGUCCCUAUUGAUAGAUUGUUUGGACAAGAGGAAUGCAUCAUAAAUUCCAGCCAUUUUCCAGUGAGCCCCAUAUCUCGGAAUGAGCCUGUCAAUCCAGUCAGCCCACUUCACUGGACUGUUUCUCACUUCACUCGAGGAGAAUGA